AUGAGGCCGAUGCUCAGCACAGCUCUGCGUCUGGAGCGUCUUCAGCGUCUGCCAGCAGCGUCGUUGUCGCGCGUCUACGCUCGGCCUCUUCACCAGGCAUCGCCUUGCCUCGCCCAGGUCUCGCCUCCACUCCCCUUCUCCUGGUCUCACGUCAAGCCCAACGACGCUUCGCGCAACGCAGAGGACGCCCAGGCGAAGGCCGCCACAUCGACCCCUCUUCCUGACCACCGCCUUUCCGUCUACCAAAAGCGCGAACGCAAGCUGCGCGAGUAUGAAGCCAAGAUCAAGGUCAAGGCCAUGCACGAGGGCCUCUCGCCAGAAGAGUUGCAGCGUCGCGCUCUAGAGUCGGCCAAACCCUCGAAGCCCGCCAGCUCCUCUUUGACCGAAGCAAAGACGCUCUCCGAAGUGGAGAAGCGCGACCAGCAGCUCGCCGAGGCCAUGCGACAGCGCUCCAAAGACGAGGCGGCCAAGAAACUCGCCUCGGGACAGGUGCACUCCACGCCCACCGGCGCGCAGGAAGGCCCCAUCAAGUCGCUCAACAAGAUCCUCGACGUCGAGAAACUCAAGACGCAGGAUCAAGAGACCAUCACCAAGCUCUGGGCAGGCUACCACACCAUCAAAAACAAGCUCUCCGCCGUCAUCCCCACGGGAAAGUACCUCGAGAUGCUCGCCAACGCACGCAAGUAUCCGCAGUUUGUCCUGCCACUCCCGCGUCAGGUGAUCGACGAAGAGUCGGACAGCCUCAACGGCGCAUCCAAGGAGGCGUUCGAGAUGCAGUUCCUCGAAUGGGCCGUGGUUCCCAACCCUGCGCACCCCACGCUGCCUCCGGCGGCAACCACGCUCUUUACGCCGCUGGCAGAGUACAAGCUGAAACAGGACUUUAGCCAGCCUGUGCUCAUCCUCACCUUUUACACGGAUCUGUGCGAGAGCAACGGCGUGGUGCUCAUGCGCGGCGAGGUCACCGGUCUCAACGAAAAGACGGGCAAGGGCGGUCGCAUCGACCAGGCGCACGCUCAGCUGCUCGCCCUCACCCUCCAGCGCUUCUACCUCCCCUCGGCAUCCACAAGCUCAGAUAAACAGGCUGACCAGUCCGAAUGCGCUCAGCUGCUCCACGACUUUCACAAGCGCCCAGAACAAUUCGACGUAGAGCAGCUCGUCAACGUCGCCUUCCGCCUCUAA